UGCGUGGGAUUCAAAUUUGAACCUAUAAAUUAUUAAUAAAUUGUUCACCGCUAAUUAACCGUCGGUCAAACGCAUGUUUAGUAAAUCCUGACCGUAAUAAUUCAGGCGGUUAUCAUCAAGAUUUAGUAUCAUCCGUUUAAACCCAAAAAAUUUGGCAGUUUUUUUUUCAACACCAGUUAAGAUUUCCUAUCAGUUCGCGGUGGUUUUAGACGAUGAAGCGCUCCCAUGUUCUCCCCCUCCGUCAAUUUUGCUGCAGUUGAGGACAGUUUUUGAGUUUGUAGCAGUUAUUUGAGUGGGUAUAAAACUAGCCAGGUAUGAAAUCUUUUCUUGCGUUCUUCUUCCCUUCUCCCAAACUCCACCAUAAUUAUGAUUCACCGGUUGAAAUCCGGUGUCUCUUUACGUAUCACGUUCUUCCGUCCCUUAUAAUUCCUCCAAAUUCUGCAACCUGAUUCACCAAAUCAAAACGCAAUACUCGGCGAAAGAAAAAAGUUACAUCACUUUAGGGUUCCUCUGGCCAUUGAUUCCGACGGCGGUGUCUCCGUUCCGGCAAUGCAGCAAUCGAGUCAGGAUCGUUCUUCCAAUUGUUCGUCUAAUAAUUCCUGUUUUUAUUGCGGACAAGGGGCACCAACCAUAUUCAGCUUUGUAAGGAUGUUUGAAAGAUGAUGGGAUUUUUGAAUGUAAUGAAGAAUUUGGCUUGAUGCUAAUUGAUUUAACCGUCAUGUUCAAAGUCUUUCAUCCACAGGGUUAUGGAUCAAAACAAGGCAGCCACUGCAGCAGCGCCACACCCGUGCAAAGGCACUUUCUACUUAUCGGGCUCGCUUUGAUGAUAAUCGGAGUAGGCGGUAUACAGCUGUUUAAUCUGGCUUGCCGAUCGGUUCAAUCUGAACACGAGAGGUAUAAACAGUUUCUUGGUGGAUGUUUCGCGAAAUCAAUGACAGAGAAGGUAAAACAGGGUUGAAUCUGGACUGCGUAUGUGCGAAAUGAGAAGUUUAAAACAACAUGACUAUGGAGGGAUGUAUUGCGCUACAUUGACCGUCAAGGAACUCCUGGACUUUGUUCAUGGUUGUCGCAUGAGUGGCAAACUGAUCAACAUUGGUGAAACUGCGGCUAUAAUAACUCUAAACGUUCUCUCCAACUACAUUUUUUCUAUUAAUUUAGCUCAGUAUGAUUCUGCAUCUUCUCAAGAAUUUAAGAACAUGGUAUGAUGGGAUGUCAUGGAAAUUGCUGGUGCACCAAAUUUAGCCGAUUAUUUUCCUGUGCUUCGGCCGUUGGAUCCACAUGGCUUGCUACGAAGAUCAAAAUUUUACAAGAAGCUUUUGGCAAUAUUUGAGAAACAUAUCAGUGAACGGUUGCAUGUAAGAAGUACAAGUUCGUCUUAUGCUUCAAGCGAGGAUCUUACCGAUUUGCUAUUAAACAUCGGUAAAGAUCAAAACUCCUCAAUUAGCCUCAAUGACAGUUGCUCUUUUGCAUGACUUAUUUCUUGUAGGAACCGACACAACGUCAAACACGUUGGAAUGGGCAAUGGCAGAACUAAUCCAUAACCUCGAGAAAAUGUUGAAAGCCCGAGCGGAGAUCAAGAAAGUAAUAGGAAACGAUGAGAGAGCUUUUGAAGAAUCAGACAUCUCAAGGGUUCCUUACCUGCGGGCCAUUAUAAAAGAAACGCUUCGCUUGCAUCCUCCGGUUACUUUUUUAGUCCCUCAUAAAGCUAUAACUGAUGUCGAGAUCAAAGGUUACAUGGUCCCAAAAGACGCGCAGAUCAUGUGCAACAUGUGGGCCAUGGGUCAAGACCCGAACGUUUGGUCGGACCCACAAAGAUUCAAGCCAGAGAGGUUUCUUGAAGUUGAGAUAGACUUCAAAGGUCGUGAUUUUGAGUUCAUCCCGUUUGGUGCAGGAAGAAGGAUGUGUCCAGGAUUGCCUCUUGCGGAUAUUAUGUUGCAUUUGAUGUUGGGAUCUUUGAUUCAUAAGUUUGAUUGGAAGAUUGAAGGAGGUAUGAGAACACAAGAUAUGGAUAUGACUGAUAAGUUUGGGUUUACAUUAAAGAAAAAUCUACCUUUAAUGGCCAUCCCAGUCAAACUUUGACUUAUUUGGGUUGUUCCAAUCAGUACUGGAAACAUGAUAUAUAUGAUGCUAAGUCUAUAAUAACGUUCAAAUGGCUUAGCUGAAUUGUAUGUAGAAAUAAAAGUGUUUGCAAUUGGUUAUUUGGACAUAAAAUCUUGUUGGGGUACACCGUUAAUAUAGUUAUGUUGUAAAAUGUACCCAUCUAAAUCUAAAGACUAAAAAUUAAUAUCAUA